CCGUGGCAAAUACCGCCAGUGUGGCUUCACGUCGUCUACUCGCCCAAAUUGCGACGACAAGCUCGCGCAGAUUAAUCGCCAUGGCACCACCAAAGCAGGCGACUCUUGGGAAAUUCUUCGGCCAACCGAAUGGCGCAAAGCCGGCACCAACACAGCAGUCGAAGCUGUCAUUCAGCACGAAACCAAAGUCAAAUGCAAAGCCGACAGUGAGCUUAGAAGAGCCCGAGGCAGACAAGGAGAACCCUGCGACCGAGUCCAACCCCAAGCAAAGUCCAGCUGGUAAAAGCAAGCGGUCGCGGUCGCGGUCACAGUCUCCCACAGCAAAGACGAAUCGAUCCCCCUCCCCAAAAGUCAAAGCAGAAGAAGCAGAUGAGGCUCUCGAGCAAGACGUACCAGUUGCAAAGCGACCUCGCAGGACCCGAGCUCGGAUAGUGGACGACGAAGAUGACGAUACCACAAUGUCAGGGGUCGAUGUACCUUCAACAAACCCCUCGAAAGCGACCUCAAAAUCACCGAAAAAACCUGCACCGGCUCCAAAGACGUCGAUUAAGUCGGACGAUCAGACUAUUGAUGCAGAUAUCAAGCCAGAAAUAUCAUCUGCUUCAGCCUCGGAUAUCGAGGACGAUGCUGAGGAGGACCUUGAUGAGAAACCAGAGAUUGCCAAGAAGGCCCGGGAGAAGGUGCAGGCCAAACUGAAAACAAAAGCAAAAGACCCGUAUCCGGAUUGGAAGGCCGGCACACCAGUGCCGUAUGCGGCUCUGUGUACGACGUUCUCACUUAUCGAGUUGACGACGAAGCGGUUGGAGAUCACGGAACAUUGCGCUCUCUUCCUGCGGCAGGUGCUGCGACUAACACCUGACGACUUCCUCCCUACUGUUCUCUUGAUGAUCAACAAGCUUGCACCAGAUUACGCUGGCAUAGAGCUCGGCAUUGGCGAAUCUUUGAUUAUGAAGGCAAUUGGCGAGACCACUGGGCGAAGCCUACAGGUGAUCAAGGCGGACCAGAAGGAAAUCGGCGACCUCGGCUUAGUCGCUGUCAAGAGUCGGUCGACCCAGCCCACAAUGUUCAAACCCAAGCCGCUCACUGUGAGAGGCGUGCACAAGGGCUUGAUGGAGGUGGCGACUGUGACCGGAAACGGUGCUCAGGGUAGAAAAGUCGACCUUAUCAAGAAGCUGCUGUCGUCUGCAGACUCGCACUCGAUAGGGAAGAUCGACAUCUACCAAGACAAGGGAGGCCCGAGCGAGGCCAAGUUUAUUGUGCGUUUCCUGGAAGGCAAGCUCCGACUUGGUCUUGCCGAGAAGACGGUCCUUGUUUCAAUUGCGCAAGCCGUGGUCUGUCAUGAGGCCGAGCAGGAGGGCAAGGUCCCCUCGACAACACAGAUGGAGGAAGGCGAGGCUGUCCUGAAGACUGUGUACAGCGAGCUACCAAGCUGGGAUGUCAUCGUUCCGGCGAUGGUUUCAAAUGGCAUCAUGAAACUCGGCGAGGCUUGCAAGCUUCAACCCGGCGUACCGCUAAAGCCUAUGCUUGCCAAGCCGACCAAAGCCAUCACAGAGGUGCUCGAUCGUUUCGAGAACCAAGCCUUCACGUGCGAGUACAAGUAUGAUGGCGAGCGUGCUCAAAUCCAUUAUGUGGCCAAGGACCACGCGGACGAGUACGUCAACGCUCUGCCAGGCGCGACUAAGGAAGCCGCCAAGGGAGUGGCAUCUAUCUUCUCGAGAAACUCGGAAGACCUGUCCAAAAAGUACCCUGAUAUCCUCGCGAAACUCCACACUUGGGUCAAAGAAGGUACCAAAAGCUUCGUGCUGGACUGCGAGACGGUGGCGUGGGACGUGAACGAGAAGAAAGUACUGCCGUUUCAGCAGCUCAUGACCAGAAAGAAGAAGGACGUCAAGCUCCAAGACGUCAAGGUCAAGGUCUGUGUUUUUGCCUUUGAUCUUCUUUUCCUGAACGGUGAGCCGGUAGUCAAAAAGUCGUUGAGGGAGCGCAGGGAGUUGCUGCACGAUGCAUUUGUGCCAGUGGAGGGCGAAUUCGCAUUCGCUACACACAUGAAUGGUCAGGAGAUCGACGAGAUCCAGACCUUCCUCGACGAGAGUGUCAAGGCAUCAUGCGAAGGGUUGAUGGUCAAGAUGCUUGAUGGCACAGAGAGCGGGUACGAGCCCAGCAAGAGAAGUCGGAACUGGCUCAAGAUCAAGAAAGAUUACUUGGCUGGCGUGGGUGACUCGCUCGACCUGGUCGUUCUGGGCGCAUACUACGGCAAGGGCAAGAGAACCUCGGUCUACGGCGCGUUCCUGCUGGCCUGCUACAACAACAAGACGGACACGUACGAAACGGUCUGCAACAUCGGCACGGGCUUCUCGGAGCAAGUCCUCGAGGACCUGCACAAGCAGCUCUCCGAGAUCACCAUUGACCGCCCCAAGCCAUUCUACUCGCACUCGAGCGGUGGCCAGCAUCAGCCGGAUGUCUGGUUCGAGCCGCGCUACGUGUGGGAGGUCAAGACGGCCGACCUGACGCUCAGCCCGCGGUACAAGGCCGGCGCGAAGGAAGGCGUCGACCCCUCGGGCGAGAAGGGCAUCAGUCUGCGCUUCCCCCGCUUCAUCAAGAUCCGCGACGACAAGAAGCCCGACGAGGCGACGAGCAGUCGCCAGGUGGCCGAGAUGUACCGCAAGCAAGAGGCCGUGACGAAGAACAAGGGCCCUUCGGCGGACGACGACUUUGAGUAUUGAUUUGUCCCUUUGGCGCUUCUCUUUUUUGGAGGCGGCUGCCUCGAGGGGCGGUUUGUUCGGCAUUGAUAUCAGGCCUUGUGUGAGGCGUUUUCGUGGUUGACUUGGGAGGGAACAGGGCGGCUGUCGCGAGCUGUCGUUGUUAUGCAUCAUGUAGUUGGCGUGGCGAAUCAAUAACGUGGCUUACUUUUGGCAUGGUUGUUAUGUUACGAAGAAAGCGAUACAGUUGUCGAGCUUCUUCAGUCACGAGUUCUGUUAAAGACAGCCAUGACUUGACGACUUGGUCAGACGAUUACGAUUGAGUGCUUUUCACUGGCAGAAUGGUGGGACCUGGGUUUAGAAUAUGCUUCUUCGUAUUGCUAUUGCUUUGUCUCUGCGUGAUUCUUUCAGUCAUUGUCCU